AAUACAUUUAAUAUGAAAUACUUCUUAGUGUUUGUUCUUUUGUUCAAUUUGAAUCAGUGUAUUAGCUUCUAUGCAAAAGAAGGAGUUGAAAAGUGCUUCUCAGAUGAGGUACCUAGUCAAACAGUAAAUAUUCUAUAUUCAUAUUUAGAUUGUUGUAAUAUAUCAUGAAUUAAUGUCAGAAGGUGUGGCUAAAAAUGAAAAAAGAGGUAUUAAUUUAUAUAUAUUUAGAUAUGUAAAAAAUGAUAAAGGAUGGAAUCACUUUAAAUGUUUAUGGACCAGAUGGCAAUAUAGUAAAAACUACAAAAACAGUGGAAGGAAAGAAUAAAUUAUCAUUCACGGCAAAAACAAGUAAUUAUAAUAGUAAUGAUAUAAAGUGGGAAGAUAUAAAUUCUGUGUAAUAAAAGCCAAAUAAUUUUGGAGUGUUAAUGAAUAUAAAUAUUCCUUAAAAAUACAACAAGGUGUAGAUCACAAUCUUUAAGAUGCUGCAAAUAAGACUCAUGUUGAAUCAAUAAAAGGUAUAAUCUAUAUAGAUUAAUUAUAAAGAUAGAAUUUCUGCUUUAAAAAAUAGAACUGAUGAUUUCAUUUCUCUUUAAUAAUUGAAUCGAGAAUAAGAAGAUAAAUUAACAACUCAAUCAAUUGAUAUAAGCAGAAGAGUCACUCAAACAACAAUUUUAUAAAUAGUUGUUCUUCUUGCAUCUGGAGUAUAUUAGAUUUGGAGUCUCAAGAAGUUCUUUAAAUAGAGAUUCUUGAUGUGAUGUUUAUUAUAUUAAAAAAUU